AUGACUAGCCAACUUCAACCAGUACCAAUCUACAACCAGAAUGCCUCCGAAGAGAGAGGAGAGGUCGCUCGUUUGUCCUCAUUCGUAGGAGCAAUCGCUUUGACCGACUUGGUCAAGACUACCCUCGGACCAAAGGGAAUGGACAAGAUCUUGGCUUCGAUGAGCAACCCCAAUGAGAUCACAGUCACAAACGAUGGCGCUACCAUCCUCACAAAGAUAUAUAUCGACAAUCCAGCGGCCAAGAUUCUGGUCGACAUUUCGAGGACUCAGGACGACGAAGUAGGCGAUGGCACCACUAGUGUCUGUGUGUUGGCUGGCGAGCUGUUGCGCGAGGGUGAGCGUCUGGUUGCCCAAAAGGUGCAUCCACAGACCAUCAUCAACGGAUGGCGUAUGGCCUUGGACACUGCAAAGAAGACUCUGGCCGAGUCUGCCAUUGACAAUGGUGCAGACAAAGAGAAGUUCAGACAAGACUUGAUCAAUAUAGCAAAGACAACACUGAGCUCAAAGAUAUUACAUACAGAGAAGGAAUACUUUGCCAAUAUGGUUGUGGAUGCCGUGCUGCGACUGAAGGGCAACAGCAACUUGGAUCACAUUCACAUCAUCAAGAAGUCGGGCGGUGCCCUGCGCGACUCGUACCUAGAGGAGGGAUUCAUUUUGGAGAAGAAGAUCGGCGUCGGUUGCCCCAAGCGACUGGAGAACGCCAAGAUACUGAUCGCCAACACGGCCAUGGACACAGACAAGAUCAAGAUCAUGGGUGGCAAGGUCGUUGUCGACUCGAUGACCGAGCUGUCCAAGCUGGAGGAUGCCGAGAAGGCCAAGAUGUUGGAGAAGUGCAAGAAGAUCGUCGACCACAACAUCAACUGUUUCAUCAACCGUCAGCUCAUCUACAACCUGCCCGAGCAGUACUUUGCUGAGCACGGCAUCAUGUCGAUCGAGCAUGCCGACUUUGAGGGCGUCGAGCGUCUUGCCCUCGUCACUGGCUCCGAGAUCACCUCCACCUUUGACCACCCCGAGCUGGUCAAGGUCGGUACCUGCAAGCUGAUCGAGGAGGUCAUCAUCGGCGAGGACAAGGUCAUCAAGUUCUCUGGCCUGCCAAACUCACAGGCAUGCACCAUCGUGCUGCGUGGCGCAACCUCGCACAUGUUGGAGGAGGCCGAGCGUUCAAUCCACGACGCACUCUGUGUGCUCUCGGUCACUGUCGGCGAGACAAGGACCAUCCUCGGCGCUGGCUGCGCAGAGAUGCGCAUGGCCCAGGCCGUCGACCAGCUGGCCGCCGUCACCCCAGGCAAGAAGUCGCUGGCCAUCGAGUCGUUCGCCAGAGCUCUGCGUCAGAUCCCAACAAUCAUUGCCAACAACGCUGGCUACGACAGCUCUGAGCUGGUGUCGCAGAUGAAGGCUGCCCACUACCAGGGCAAGAACAACGUGGGCCUCAACAUGAAGGAUGGAUGUAUAGGAAAUAUCGACGAGUUGGGCAUCAUCGAGUCGUUCAAGGUCAAGCAGCAGGUGCUCAUCUCUGCUCACGAGGCUGCCGAGAUGAUUAUGCGUGUGGACGAUAUCCUCAGGGCUGCACCAAGGAAGAGAGAGCAAAUGGGACGUCAUUAA